UCCAACUGUGCAACCGAUAAGAGGAAGAAGAGCCGCAGCCUCGGCCCCGCAGCCGCGACCCUCUCUCCUUCCUUCCCCCCUCCUUCCUGCCACUGCGAGCCAGCCUGCGGCUACCAACCCGGCGGCGCCGCGCCGCGCCGGCGGCGAGGAGAAAGAAAGCCGUGCGCGGGACACGGAGAGAGAGAGAGAGAGAGAGCCGACGAGGAGGAGAUCAAAUCUUCGCCGAGAGGAGGCGCCCCGCACGGCCGCACCUCCUCCCGACCUCUCGUAGCCACCGCGUGGGAAUCUUUCCAGAUCAAAUCUCGCACGGCAGCGGGUGGAGGGGAGGGGAGGGGGGCAAUGGUGGUGGAGGGGAAUGGCCGAGCCGACAGGGUCACCAUUGGCGUCUGCGUCAUGGAGAAGAAGGUGUUCUGCUCUCCAAUGGAGCAGAUUCUUGAGAGGCUCCGCGCAUUUGGAGAAUUCGAGAUUGUAAUAUUCGGGGAUAAAGUUAUACUCGAGGAUCCUAUUGAGAUUUGGCCAAAAUGCGAUUGCUUGAUUGCCUUUUAUUCGUCUGGUUUCCCUCUUAAAAAAGCUGAGGCUUAUGCUUGUUUACGAAGGCCUUUUUUAGUUAAUGAAUUGGAGCCACAGCACCUCCUUCAUGACCGCAGAAAAGUGUAUGAGCAUCUGGAGAAGUAUGGAAUUCCGGUACCCAAUUAUGCUCUUGUCAAUAGAGAAUAUCCGUACCAAGAGCUAGACUACUUUAUUGAGCAAGAAGAUUUUGUUGAGGUUCAUGGAAAGCGAUUUCUGAAGCCUUUCGUGGAGAAACCUGUUAAUGGGGAUGACCAUAGAAUAAUGAUAUAUUAUCCUAAUUCUGCUGGUGGUGGAAUGAAGGAACUGUUUCGAAAGGUCGGUAACCGUUCUAGUGAAUUUCAUCCUGAUGUCAGGAGAGUGAGGCGUGAAGGAUCUUACAUUUAUGAGGAGUUCAUGCCUACUGGUGGGACUGAUGUUAAAGUUUACACAGUUGGCCCAGGAUAUGCGCAUGCUGAGGCACGCAAAUCACCAGUCGUUGAUGGUGUUGUUAUGAGGAACCCAGAUGGGAAAGAAGUACGGUAUCCUGUGCUUUUGACCCCUACAGAGAAACAAAUGUCAAGAGACGUCUGCAGUGCUUUUAGACAGAUGGUUUGUGGUUUUGAUCUCUUAAGGUGUGAUGGAAGAUCAUAUGUUUGUGAUGUUAAUGGAUGGAGCUUUGUGAAGAACUCAUACAAGUAUUAUGAUGAUGCUGCAUGCAUCUUACGAAAAAUAUUUCUAGAUGCAAAGGCUCCUCAUCUUUCUUCAACCAUCCCUCCAAGCCUUCCUUGGAAAUCCAAUGAACCAGUUCAGUGCACUGAAGGUCUUACACGACAAGGAAGUGGAAUAAUCGGCACAUUUGGGCAGUCAGAAGAACUACGUUGUGUCAUUGUCGUUAUACGCCAUGGCGACCGGACACCAAAGCAGAAAGUGAAAUUGAAAGUUACUGAGGAAAAACUGUUGAAUUUGAUGUUAAAAUACAAUGGUGGAAAGCCAAGAGCUGAGACAAAACUGAAAAGUGCGGUACAAUUACAAGACCUGCUAGAUGCCACAAGGCAGCUUGUACCACCUACAAGGUCUGGCCGGGAAAGUGACAGUGAUGCUGAUGAUUUGGAGCAUAUUGAAAAGCUUCGUCAAGUCAAAGCAGUACUGGAGGAGGGUGGGCAUUUCUCUGGUAUUUAUAGAAAAGUGCAACUAAAGCCACUGAAUUGGAUUAGAGUUCCAAAACGCAAUGGUGAUGGCGAAGAGGAACGGCCAAUUGAAGCCCUGAUGAUUCUAAAAUAUGGUGGUGUACUCACUCAUGCUGGGAGAAAGCAGGCUGAAGAAUUGGGUAGGUUUUUCAGAAACAAUAUAUAUCCAGGUGAAGGAACUGGUUUGCUUCGCCUUCAUAGCACCUACAGACAUGAUUUAAAAAUAUACAGUUCAGACGAAGGCCGUGUGCAGAUGUCAGCAGCAGCAUUUGCCAAAGGGCUUCUUGAUUUGGAAGGGCAACUAACACCUAUACUGGUCUCUCUAGUAAGUAAAGACUCAUCUAUGCUAGAUGGACUGGAAGACGCUAGCAUCGAGAUGGAUGAAUCCAAGGCUAGAUUGCAUGAAAUCAUCAUUUCAAAUGCUAGAGCAAAGAAUACCAACGAGUCUGUGGAGUUUCCAUGGAUGGUUGAUGGUGCAGGAUUGCCAGCAAAUGCUUCGGAGCUUCUCCCUAAGAUGGCCAAGUUGACAAAAGAAGUAACUGCGCAAGUCAAGCUACUUGCUGAAGAUGAAGAUGAGAAGCUUGCAUUAACAAGCUCGUUUUCUAGAUAUGACCAAGCAAAGGCUUUUGGGAAAACAACAAUUGAUGUGGCUCGUAUUGCUGCCGGAUUGCCAUGUGGUAGUGAGAGCUUCCUCUUGAUGUUUGCUCGUUGGAAAAAACUUGAGAGGGAUUUAUAUAAUGAAAGAAAGGACCGAUUUGACAUUACACAAAUCCCAGACGUCUAUGACUCCUGCAAAUAUGACCUCCUGCAUAAUGCACAUCUUAACCUUGAAGGUUUGGAACAGCUUUUCAAAGUUGCUCAGCUUCUUGCUGAUGGUGUUAUUCCAAAUGAAUAUGGGAUCAACCCAAAGCAAAAACUAAAAAUUGGCUCAAAGAUAGCACGUCGGUUAAUGGGAAAAAUUUUAAUUGAUCUACGAAACACUCGUGAAGAAGCCAUAAGUGUUUCAGAUCCAAAGUUUACAGAAGAUGAAGCUAUAUUCUUACCGACGAAAGAAUCAGAGUACCAACAAAAGUUUCAAACUAGAAAUGAGGAUGGAAGAAGAUCUAGUUCCACAAGUGAGAAAUCAUUGGACCAGGAAGAUGAAGAUGAUAGAGAAACCAAAUACCGUUUAGAUCCUAAGUAUGCUAACGUAAAGACACCUGACAGACAUGUCCGGACAAGGCUUUAUUUCACAUCGGAAUCUCAUAUACACUCCUUAAUGAAUGUCCUUCGCUAUUGCAAUUUGGAUGAAUGUCUACAAGGGGAGGAUAGCCUUGUCUGCCAAAAUGCUUUGGACCGAUUGCAUAGAACUAGGGAGCUUGAUUACAUGAGUAAUAUAGUCCUCAGGAUGUUUGAAAAUACCGAGGUUCCUUUAGAAGAUGAGAGAAGGUUCCGGAUUGAAAUGACAUUUAGUCGUGGAGCUGAUCUUAGUCCUUUAGAGGAUAAAACCAGCGAAAAUUCUUCCUUGCUCCAGGAGCACACCCUACCAAUAAUGGGGCCUGAGAGACUGCAGGAGGCUGGUUCUUAUCUAACACUGGAUAAAUUUGAGAAAAUGCUUCGGCCAUUUGCCAUGCCUCCUGAGGAUUUCCCGCCAGCUGCUGCGCCACAAGCAUUUUCAGGCUACUUCAAAGGUUCUGGAAUGCUUGAAAGACUGGCAAGUCUCUGGCCUUUUCAUAAGGGCGCGACUAACGGGAAAUAAGCGAAAAAGCUACAAAAAAAAAGGUAGAAUUGAUUCAUGUGAAUAUUUCCCAGCCUGUUAGCAUCUGGUGGCAACACCAUUUGCCCAAUUUUGGUAAUUUGGUCAAAUUUUCCAGAAACUGAAUCCUUCAUAAAUGUUCUUGCCCAA